UGUACAGUAAACAAUUCUGGUACGCUUGCAAUGAUAUAGACCAGAACUGUAUGCUAGUGCAGACGUCGCAUGCCGCAUGUGCACGCCUGUCAGUGGAUCCUCAGUGCACACCACAUCCAUACAAGCUGGACCAGGAGGAAAACAAGCUGCGCUUAUUCUGCCUCUCCUCGAGGGAGUGUAAUUGCAUGAUGGGAGAGAAAGGAGCUGCUGCUGCUGCUAUUAUGAACGAAUAUAAAACACACCACUGAUAUUCGGUAGGCAUUGGUGGGAAAAACAAGCAAAGCGCGCAGCAAUGGAGAACCAGGCGGCGAUGGAGCCGCAGAGCUACGAGGACGUUCGGAAAAGCGGUUAUCUCCGCAAGCAGAAAUCUAUGCACCGGCGCUUUUUCGUUCUCCGGGCUGCCUCGGAGCAGGGCCCAGCAAGACUUGAAUAUUACGAAAACGAGAAGAAAUUCCGCAGCAAGUCACCGGUUCCAAAGAAAGCGGUUAACCUGGACUCUUGUUUCAACAUCAACAAACGGGCAGAUUCAAAGAACAAGCACAUGAUAGUGCUGUACACCCGCGGGGAGAGCUUUGCCAUAGCCGCGGACACUGAGGAGGUCCAAAACGAAUGGUACCAGGCCAUGCUGGAUCUACAAUGUGACUGUAAAACUCCUGAUGACUGUGGCAGUGGAGGAGAUGGUGGACUUCCUUCCCCAGGCCCUGCCUUUAAAGAGGUCUGGCAGGUUAAAGUCUGGCCCAAAGGUUUGGGCCAGGCCAGAAAUCUGGUUGGAAUCUACCGACUUUGUUUGACAGACAAAACCGUCAAUUUUGUCAAACUAAACUCUGAUGUUGCAGCUGUGGUCCUCCAACUAAUGAAUGUGCGACGCUGUGGCCACUCAGAGAACUUCUUUUUCAUUGAAGUGGGUCGUUCUGCAAUGACAGGACCUGGAGAAUUCUGGAUGCAAGUUGAGGAUUCAGUGGUGGCACAGAACAUGCAUGAGACCCUACUUGAGGCCAUGAAAGCUCUAAGUGAAGAGUUUCGACAAAGAAGCAAAUCCCAGACUGUUGGCGUUACUUGUGGAGGAGGAACUGCCUCUAACCCUAUUAGUGUACCAUCUAGACGACACCACCCAAAUCUGCCACCCUCCCAGGUUGGUUUCUCCAGACGUGCUAGAACAGAAACCCCUGGAGUAGCUCAUAGCACCAACACAUCCCCAAUUCCACGGCAUGGAUUCUCUAGGUCACGGACAGCCAGUAUUGGGGCUCGAACAGAGGAUGGAGGGGGCAGAGCAACAGCACUCAGCACAAGCCCAAGUCUUAAUGGGUCAUCAUGCUCAACUACACCUACCCUGCGACCCAAACCCACACGAGCACCCACCCCGGCUAAAAUAACUCUCAGCCUUGCUCGGUACACACCUAACCCUGCACCCUCUCCAGCCCCUAGCCUCUCAUCUAGCUCUGGGCAUGGAUCAGAGUGUGGGUUAGGUGGAGCUGCCUUUGGGACUGUCCCAAUCUGCACCUAUGCUCGAAUUCCCCAAAGAGUGUCCAUGUCAGGAUCUCCCAGUGAUUAUGGUUCUUCUGAUGAAUAUGGCUCCAGCCCUGGUGAACACACACUGCUAGCUGCAGGGCUUUCUGCUGCUCUUGUUGAAGGUGGAGCUAAUUAUAUCCUGAUGGGACACCGAGAAGGUUCUCACAAACGUGCUCAUGGACGCAGAAUUCUUCGUCGGUCGUCUGCUCGUGAGUGCGAGGCUGAGCGCAGGCUGCUCAGCAAGCGUGCUUCCUUACCCCCUGCCUCUGCCCAGGACCGCUUGGUUCUGCGCCGUAGAGAGGAGGAAGAGGAGGAUGAAGUGGAGUAUGCAGUGAUGUCACGCAGUGCAAGUAGAGAAUCUUUCACAUCACGCCGAGGCUCAGGGGGUUCAACUACAACAUCAUUAGUGCAGGACACUUCAGCAAAUAAAGGUGUUAGCACUAAAGGGGGACCUGAAAACCCAAUUGAAAGUGGCUACAUGUCUAUGUUACCAGGUGUUACAGCUCCUCCUGCUUCAUUGUCGCUAUCCGUUUCUGGUUCAGAUGCAGUGUCAAAGGGUGGCGAUGAAUACAUGGCCAUGACCCCCAACAGUAGUGUUUCACCCCCUCAGCACAUUCAACAGCCAGUCAAUGAGGGAUAUAUGAUGAUGUCUCCAAACAGUAGUUGUUCACCUGAUUUACAUGGCCUUAGUGGAUGCAUUUGGGGUAGCAGAGGGAGCAUGGAGAGUCGGGCAGGCAGUGACUAUAUGAACAUGUCACCUAUCAGUGCCAGAUCAGCUUGCAGUACACCUCCAUCACACCCAGAGCAGCAACCACUGCAGCCAAAGAUGGUCUAUUCUUAUUUUUCUCUGCCACGUUCAUACAAACAUACCGCCCUUUCAACCCAUUUUGAGGAUAAUCUAGACAGGGCUUGUAUUGGUAGAGGUGAAGCUGGAAGAAAGAUUGCACGUGGUGGUUACCAUUGCGAAGGGGACACAUCUGUGGGCUCAGGUGUUGGUGGUCAGCUCUCUCUGUCCUCAUCCUCUUUCUCAUCUAGUUCAGCUAGCAGUGAAAGCCUUGAAGAUAGGUCAUUAUCUCUGUCUGUAGGUGGGGUGGGAAGAGCAAAUAGGUCUGGCACAGGACACAGGGUGGGUGGACUUCACCCCAAGGUCUCUACCCAACAGCAUCACCAGCAGAGAUGUGGACCAGGUGUCCACAAACAGGGUCAUUUACAGCAGAGGAAGGACAAGUCCUCAAGCUUCGUCAUGGAUAUGUCCAAAGCCAACACGCUGCCAAGAGUCAGGGAGACAUUGCAGCCAACUGCAUCCCAGAAUCCUGGAGAGUAUGUAAGCAUUGCCUAUCAGGGUGAGCAAGGAGGCCAUAACAGGAGGAGUACAGUUGAACCAGGGAACUCCAUGGCACAAGGCCAUCGAAGAGCUUUUCACCGACCACAGUCAUGUCAUGGUGCAACUGCCAACCUUCCACGGAGCUUCUCAGCACCCCUUGCCACCUCAAUCUCUUUAUCAUCGGAAUAUGUGAACAUGGACAUAGGUAACUCACAUUCUUCACACACUCCCUUGUCCUCUUUCAAACCUGCCCCCAAAGUCAGAGAGGAUCUCACAAGAGCUCCUCAGAUGGAGCAAAAAGUGGAAAUAGGACUCAGGAAGAGCAGCGCUACCACAUCUGUAGAUGUUGCUGCUGUUCCUUUUACAGACUAUACUGAGAUGAAAUUUGGAUUAGGGGCAGAUACAACAUUAAAGUCCCCAAAACCUGGUCAAACGCCUCAGCCAUCCUCCAUGGAACAGGAACAUAACAUGAAUUUCUCUUCACCCAAAGCUUUUUCAAACGUGGAUCAGGGUGCUCGAGUAGUCAGGGCAGAAUCAUCAGCAAGAAGGCGGCACCGCUCAGAAACAUUUAUGGUGCCUCCAACUCAUCCCCUGUCUCCCUCUGCUUCCCCUUGUCCUUUUCCUGAAACACCCCAUGGUGCUCCACCAAGACAGCAAGGAUUAGAGAGUAACCUCUGGGCCACUGGUCAGCCAACUUCCCCACAGUGUGCCAGCCCUGGAGCAGCAGCUGUGCCCACUGCCCAGAGUUCACCCUUAUGCUUGGAGCAAGGCCUAAACUACAUUGAUUUGGACUUAGUCAGUAGGGAGAACUCUCAUACCAGUGUAGAUGGACCCUCUGGUCCUCACUCAUUUUUCUCUCCUUUAGUAGGAGGAGGUUUGACUGGGGGAUUGGGUGGGGCAGGAGGAAACACCACCUCCGGCAUCAACACAUAUGCCAGCAUUGAUUUCAUCAAGUCAGAAGAAAUGAGAGUCCAUCAGAACAGCAGGAAGGAUAGUAAAGAUUGUUAACGUGUUCCUGUACUUAAAGAUAUGAUGGAGAACCAGUCAGCACCUGUCCUUUCUGCGUGAGUGUUUGUGUGCACCUGAUGUGAACUGAAAAAUUGUGCGAUUGCCCAAAUCCCUCAGCAGAGACAUAACUGCCCUUGCCUCAUAAUAACACAUAGUCUCAUUUGUUUUCAUUGGUCCAAUCGAAAUAACAUGUAACGUGUGCCAAAAGACUGUUGGUCAUUUCCGCUAGAGAACACUGAGACAGACACGUCCUUCAGCCAGACACGAAGGGCCACUGCAACUCUGACUGCCAACCCGGAGCCAAUGAUAUUCAUUUUUCCUCUACCACAAUCUUUAAAGUAUUGUAAGACAGAUGUUAAAUAGUAUAAUAAUGAAUAAAACUAUAUUUAGCAGACAUCAAUAUUAUUUUACAAAAUCUAUCUAUCUACAUGAAUAUGUUUUUAACAAAGUGCCUCAUUUUUGAUUGUAGCCAUUUUUACACAGGUCUCGAUGUGCUCAGUAGAAGAAAAAUGCUUCAUAUUCUUUGUUUUGCUUUGCUCAUUCUUUUGUGUUCCCAUGUGUUGUGUAUCCCGAACAAGUUGAGAGGCAGGUGUUAAAGAAUGCGAGAAUAAGAGAUGAUGAGGAUAAAGAGCUUUAAUUUGGUAUAGUUUGCUUAAUCACAUUGCCUUACUGUGUUAUAGUGUGUGUGUGUGUGUGUGUGUGUGUGUGUGCGUGCGUGCGUGCGUGCGUGCGUGCGUGCGUGCGUGCGUGCGCUCGUACAUGUAUGUGUGUGUGCAUGCAAGUUUCAGCCGUGGUGUGCCUCAUUUCAUUAAAAGAUAGCUGGACAAAAACACAUUCAAAAACUUAAAACUAAAUACAUACAUUGUUAUCUGAUUAAACACUAUUGGUAAAUACACCUAUUCAUUGCACAUAUAGAUACACACAUAUUUAUAUAAAAAUACAUCCACUGUUAAUCUGAGCAUGGUGGCAUCAGAUGGCUGGAGCACAAAAUUUGUCAAAAAUCUGAUCUCUCUCUUCAAUUGAAUUUAAAUUCAGUGUCAGUGUGUGUAAGAGAGAGAGAAGAGAGAGAGAGAGAGAGAGAGAGAGAGAGAGAGAGAGAGAGAGAGAGAGAGAGAGAGAGAGAGAGAGAAUACUAUAAGAAUUGUCUUUAUAUAGCCACGGUAGUAAAACAUUUUAUUGUAGCAUAAUGCUAUCCCCAGUAUACUUCAGUCUUGCACACACAGACACAUUAAGAUUUUAAAUGUGCCUAACUCAAAUGCAAUUACAGUUUGGAUAUCAGCAGACUGACCUACAGUCUACUCUAUAAAUUAAACACAAACACACACCUGGCCAGACACUUAAUAUCUGUCAUCAGAUUUCUCUCUGCAUGACCUGUUGAUGUUAUUACACCUCUGCUGGGUUAUAUGCAAAGAUACUCACAUAGUUAACUCAACCUGUGAUAAUGAAUGUGCUUUUAGUGUCCGCUUCUUUCAUGUUAACAUUCAUUUUUGUCUGUUUAAAGGUAAGAGUAACAAGGGAACAGGGUCUUUAAAUGCCGUCUAGACAGUGGUAUCUCUUUUGAAACAUUGCUAAAAGCAUAGCACCAGUCGUAUUAAUAAUUUAAAAAUAUAUAUUUUCAAGCACUUGUUUUGACUAUUAUUAACUUUGAUGGCUUCUGCAGUUUUCUAUAUAUCCAGUUUCAGUUUGUGUUGUUUAAUUUAUAUUGUGUAAAAAGAUCCUGUUUUAGUGCCAAAAUCAUAAAUCACACACUAUCAUCACUCAUGCACUGAACAACAUGAGUGAUCUCAUAAAGCAAAACAUUUCUGCUUUUUAAUAACAGAUUUUUAGUGACAGAUAUUUUUCUCUUUUGCCUGCACAAUCUGCGUAUUUUCUAUCACUUAUAUGCUAAUGUAAAGUCAUAUUUCACAUAGUGAAACAGCUGCCUUCAGUUAAAAGGAAUCUACAUUAUGAAGCCUUAUAGUGCUUAUAUGAAUGCCUUUUCUAUCAAGUAAAAAUAAGAGCCUCUUCUAUGUUAUGCAUAUUAUAUACAUGCUACUUAAUAUGUAAUACAGGUGACAUGCAGUUGUUUUUUGCAUUUAAUACAGGUGACAUUUGUUACACAGUGUUAAUAUUUAUUAUUCACAUAACUUUGGCUAUACAAUGAUUAUCAUUGAUUAGAUUACAUGCACACAUCUCACUCAAACAAAUACAAAUAUCCACAUUACCUCAUAGUCUAUAUUUAGGAUUAAACUAGCAGAACAGCAGCAGAUGGUGAUUAUGAUGGCGUACUGUAGGGUGGGCUUAAAUGUUGCCCCUUAAGAGUUUUACCUCUUUGUUUGUUUUCCUCUGUAAUCGGACAUGGGCCUUUUUCAAUCCACCUCAUUAUAUAAAAAACAAAGAAUGCGUCUUAAACAUGAAAUGGUUUUUCAUGUGUGAGUGCGUAUGAGUGUGUAUCCAUCAUUCCAACUCGGCUUCUUCCAUGUCUUUACUGUAUUUUAAUUGCCUUAUUGUCUAUAUUAGCUCUUUUUAAUACCCGGCAGCUGUAAAAUAUGCUUUUUAUUCUAGACAAGUGUGAAUUGUGUUUGAAGAUUCUGCAUUCAAAAACAGUGAGAUUUUUCUUUUCCAGAUUGAUGAUUUUAUAGUCUGAUGCAGAAAAUUGUAUGUACCCAGACUUUUUUCAGAAAACAUUAACAUGGUACUUACGUGAUAUAGAAAUACAGCCAAGGUCAUAUGUAUACUGUAACUAAGGACUAUGUAUAUAUAGUCCAAAAGAAUAAAGAACAAUACAAAAUAAAUCCUUUAUUGUUUUUAGUACCUGCCAGUUGUUGGGGAAAGGGUAUGAUAUGCACAAUCAGGGGUCUAUGUAAAAUUACUAAGCAGAUGUUUUUCUGUGUAUCUAAUGCUUUGAAAAAUGUUGUAUAAAGGGGUUUAAUAAGAAAGAUACUAGGCUGUGGGCUUCUGUACAGUUCUGUGAAUAAAGGGAAAUGUUGGG